AUGUCCAGCGGAAAGAGUUAUGAAGAAUGGCGAGAUCCAUACACUUUACAUCAUCAAAAGGCUUGGUCUUCUGAAAGUUUUAUAUUUUCUUUUCGUACCGAUAAGAGAUCUUCCAUUACUACUUUAAGUAGAGUUAUAAAAGAAAAAAGCGCUAUUUCUGAUGAUGAUGGCCAUUUUAUUGGUUUUGGUCAUGGUGAUCUAAAGGUCUUUCAAGGGGUUUGUCAAAGGAAAGAUUAUAUGUGUUCUAUUCGUGAAUCAUCAUCUUUUCAAAUAUUUGAUUAUGAGGUUUUUAAAGUUGUAAAGAAGGAGUUUUAG